UCAUCGUUUGAUUGCCUCGCGCCCGCCGCUACCGCUAUAAAAGUGAAAUAACAAAAGUUUGUUUAACUUUAGUUAUUGAAUCAUUGUAAUAUAGGAAGUAACAAUAAUUACCAUUGUAUUUUAAAAUUUAAACUCUUUUACAAUGGCUAUGCAACCCCAUAGUAAGAAAAGGGUUUGCUAUUACUACGACAGUGAUAUCGGAAAUUAUUACUAUGGACAGGGACAUCCAAUGAAACCACAUCGUAUACGUAUGACACAUAAUUUAUUGCUCAAUUAUGGGUUAUACAGGAAAAUGGAGAUUUAUCGCCCACACAAAGCUACUGCUGAUGAGAUGACUAAGUUUCACUCGGAUGACUAUAUCCGGUUCCUUCGGUCGAUCAGACCUGACAACAUGAAUGAAUACAACAAACAAAUGCAACGGUUCAAUGUAGGUGAGGAUUGCCCUGUGUUUGAUGGCCUAUAUGAGUUCUGUCAACUGUCAGCAGGAGGAUCUGUGGCCGCUGCUGUAAAAUUAAAUAAACAGGCAUCUGAAAUUUGUAUCAACUGGGGUGGAGGGCUGCAUCAUGCUAAGAAAUCUGAGGCAUCAGGCUUUUGUUAUGUAAAUGACAUUGUCCUUGGUAUACUGGAGCUACUGAAGUAUCAUCAGAGAGUCUUGUACAUUGAUAUAGAUGUGCACCACGGUGAUGGUGUGGAAGAGGCAUUUUACACAACUGACCGUGUCAUGACUGUUUCAUUCCAUAAAUAUGGAGAAUACUUCCCUGGGACAGGUGACUUGCGAGAUAUUGGGGCAGGCAAAGGCAAGUACUAUGCGGUGAACAUCCCGCUCCGUGAUGGCAUGGAUGAUGAGUCCUAUGAAUCAAUCUUUGUGCCGAUCAUCUCAAAGGUUAUGGAGACAUUCCAGCCAAGUGCAGUGGUGCUACAGUGUGGAGCUGAUUCUCUUACAGGUGACAGACUGGGUUGCUUCAACUUGACGGUGCGGGGUCAUGGACGUUGUGUGGAAUUGGUGAAGAGAUUUGGCCUGCCGUUCCUACUUGUUGGUGGUGGAGGGUAUACAAUCCGCAAUGUCUCCCGUUGUUGGACUUAUGAAACAUCAGUAGCGCUUGGAGUUGAAAUAGCAAAUGAGCUGCCGUAUAAUGACUACUUUGAAUACUUUGGUCCGGACUUCAAACUGCAUAUAUCUCCCAGCAACAUGUCCAAUCAGAACACACCUGAAUAUUUGGAAAAAAUAAAGAACAGGCUAUUUGAAAAUCUACGUAUGCUGCCUCAUGCGCCUGGUGUUCAGGUGCAAGCAAUUCCAGAAGAUGCAGUCAAUGAUGAAUCUGAAGAUGAAGAUAAAAUAGACAAAGAUGAAAGGCUACCACAAAGUGAAAAGGACAAGCGUAUAACUGGCGAGGGUGAGUUGUCGGACUCCGAGGACGAGGGUGAGGGAGGGCGUCGUGACAACCGCUCGUACCGCGCACCGCAACGCAAGCGACCGCGCCUCGACAAAGACCUCGCACACCACAAGGACGACGCCAACAAUGAGGAUUCAAAAGAUGAUGUGAAGAAUGUGAGCAAUUUGGAAGAACCAAAGAAGGAAGCGACGCCCAGCGCCUGAUCCGGGCGUUAAGACGCCACAGAGCACAGGACCCGCUGCGUUGUGAUAUCGGCGCCAUAGUGCACGGAGAUUCUCUUAUUGUUUAUGUGACAGUGCAAGUGUUUAGUGCUCUUGUAAGACUGCAGUCGGUUCCCAGAUUAGUCUGUGAUGUGCUCGGUGAGACUAGAAUUGUUCUACUUAUUUGUAUUAAAUUAAGAUAAUGAGUUCCGUAAAAAUGUUUGAUUCUUUACAUAUUUAUUAAAAUUUUCAUACCUAUUAUAGGGUAUGUUGAUAACUUAUUUGUGUAUUUGCAAGAAAAUUAUCAAUGUUAGAUCAUACUUCUUUGAUCUCAAAAUAAUAUUUCAAUAACUGUUUCUGUUAUCAUUAAUAUAUAUUGUCUUUACUAAUAAUGGAGGAAAGCGCACGAAAAGGUGAACCCGCUCUUGCAGUAACAGUUUUAGCUCUACUAUCGUUCUGGGCGAGAUUUCUACGGCGUCCUCAAUUUUUUACGAUGUCUUUUGGGGGGAUUAUGUGAGCGUCGGUGGCUCAGGGGUUUAAGCACUUGACUUGCAAUCUGCAGGUCCUGGGUUCGAAUC